AUGCCGAGCACUCGGUCGAAAGCCGUGACCGAAAAGCCGGGUGCAAAGGAUCCCAAAACAGAGGCACUACAAUCAGUUGCUGUUCCUCAUAAAACAUUUAUCUUGCCUUCAAAAAGAAGCGAUGCCUCCAGAUUCCUGACACUCCCUAAUCCGAGCUCCGGAGUCCUCAGCCGGUAUUUCUUCGAUCCGACAGCUGGCCUGUACGAGUUCACGGCCGUUUCUUCGACGCAGUUUGCCCCGAAGAGCAUCUUAUUCGCCGCAAAAGAUGGCGAAGAAGGGGAAGACAAGCAUAGGUUUAGGAGCUAUGUUUUAAAAAAGGCCGAGCUUCUAAUUGCGACGCCAAUUGAUGUUUUAUUUUUUAUGCUACCGAUUGUCGCUCCAGCUGACAAUGCCGGCUCAACGUCAAACAUGUUUCAGCCGCUUGAUGACAUUCUCGACUCCCAGGACGAACUGUCUCAACAUCUCCGCCAUGUUCUCUACGAUAUCACGUUUAGGCCAACGCUCGAGCGGCGGAUGCAAGCAAUCUGUGAUAUUAUGGACGCUGCAGAUGAGACGUUGUAUCGAUUUAGUGAGCAGAAGCUACUCAACGAAUUGAUUGCAAAGGCCAACCGAAUGGUCGCCCAAGGCCUCCCUGCAAGUUUAGAGGAGAAUUUCAUCCGGAGAGUCCUCGAUCCUCCUUUAAUGAGUGUCAAGCGUGACGAUGUUGUGACCACAACGGUUUCAGCCACUGCGAGCAAAGAGGACAGCCAGGACCUAGAAGUCGAGGAAACGCAAUCGGCCUCUGCUACGACCGUCAGUACUAUAUCUGGACAACCGUCCGGACUUGCGACGCCAGCCACGCAGCCAUCCACUGUAGAUGAAAUAUCAUCUUCAGAGAGCAUUGCGCGAUUGCUCCGGCUCCGCAUUGCUCUUUCUUUUAUGAAGCAGUCUUAUUUGCCAAUUCACCUGGUAAACAAAGUGGAAGAUUCUCUCAAAUUAUCCGAGAGCCCCCUCGAUUUUACACCCCUGGAAACUCGAUUGAAAGAGCUGGCCGAUCUUCGAGCUGAAGCUCUUGCAUCUCAUGCAAUCGGGGAUUACACUCGCAAGCGCGGAUUUGAAGAGGACGAUGAUGCCGAACGCGCUGAGGCAAAACGCAGAAAGGAGGAAGAGAAGAAAAAGGCGUCAGAAUCUCGUGGGGUUCGAGAACUCAAGAAGGUCAACACUUCCGGCAUGAAGAAGAUGAGCGACUUUUUCAAGAAGAAAUCUUGA